GAUUACUUUUAAGUUUCUGUCGCAAUGUCUCCGGUCAAAGAGGGCUUCGGCGUCGGGGUCAGUUUGGUCUGAUCUAGAUGCGCAAUGUGUCUAUGAGGUUAGAAUUGCUCCGCAAUUGGCCCACCAAAUAGCAAUGAUUGCCACAAGACCAUGCCUCGAUAAGAACUCAUGUCCACUAUAAAACAAGCUGCAAGCAUUGAUACUCCUCCAGUGGCCCUCCAGGUUUAUCUAUCCCACGAUCGGCAUAUCCGAGUGUUUCCUUUUUACUCGAUUUAAUCCUUCCUUCUUGUUCAAGCACAUCUCUAAGCUUACUUGCAUCCUGUCCUCAACCAAAAACGAUGUCGGCCCAGCUCCUUACCACUGGCACUCCUCUUGCCCUUCGGGUACCAAACACAGCUGCUACACGAGGAACAAAUGAUCCUCUUGCCCUACCACCAGGAACUACUUCAGAAAAAUUUGCUGAAUUCAUUUCUCGCGCUGAAGAAGCAACUGGUGCCGAAAAUGUUGUCAUUAUUAAGAAAAAAGAAGAGCUUACAAAAGAACUGUACACCGACCCUUCCAAAGCCCACGAUAUGUACCACAUCUUCGACAAAGAUUACUUUGUAGUAUCCGCCAUUAUUGCACCCCGCAACGUCAAAGAAGUCCAAACAAUCGUCAGACUCUGCAAUGAAUUCGAGAUCCCGCUUUGGCCAUUCUCAAUUGGUAGAAAUGUAGGAUAUGGAGGGGCAGCCCCAAGAGUUCCUGGAAGUAUUGGUCUAGAUAUGGGCAAAAACAUGAACAAAGUGCUAGAGGUUAACACCGAAGGAGCAUAUGCUCUGUUAGAACCUGGUGUGACAUUCUUUAGUCUAUACGACUACUUGAAGGAGAAAAAAUUGGACGAUCAACUCUGGAUUGAUACUCCAGAUCUGGGUGGUGGUUCUGUCGUUGGAAACACUAUUGAGCGUGGCGUAGGGUAUACUCCAUACGGAGGUGUGUGAUCUGUGAUAGCUGAAAAGGGAACACUUGCUGAUGCUUUAAGCAGAUCACUUCAUGAUGCAUUGCGGUCUCGAGGUCGUGCUUCCUACCGGAGAACUUAUCAGAACUGGUAUGGGAGCUUUGCCCGACCCAACGCAACCAACAGUUGAGGGGGCAAGUUUGGAUCAACAACCAGGAAACAAGUGCUGGCAGGUAUGCUAAGCCCAAUCGCAGGGUGACAGUAUUCGAGCUUACCAGACUUCUAGUUAUUCCCCUACGGUUUUGGGCCCUACAAUGAUGGUAUCUUCUCACAAAGUAACCUUGGUAUUGUGACAAAGAUGGGCAUUUGGGUAAGUGAUAUAAUUGCCUGUCUCUUUGCGCCAUGCAAGAAUACUAACCGUAAUAUUUUUUUAGCUUAUGCCAAAUCCAGGAGGUUACCAACCUUAUCUCAUCACAUUCCCAAAAGACUCCGAUUUGCCAAAAAUCGUUGAUGUCAUCCGUCCCCUUCGAUUACAAAUGGUCAUCCAAAACGUGCCUUCAAUCCGACAUAUCCUCCUUGAUGCAGGAGUAAUGGGGACCAAGAAAUCAUACUACGACGUUGACCGGCCCCUAAAUGAAGAAGAACUCGAUGCCAUAGCUAAGAAACUAAAUCUUGGCCGCUGGAAUUUCUACGGCGCUUUAUACGGCCCCAAGCCUGUGCGCGAUGUACUUUGGCAAGUAGUUAAGGAUGCUUUCGGAACUAUUGAAGGUGCAAAAUUCUUCCUUCCAGAAGAUAUCAAGGAGAAAUGCGUUCUUCACGUUCGCGCACAAACCCUACAAGGUAUUCCAACGCUUGAUGAGCUUUCAUGGGUAGACUGGGUACCUAAUGGUGCCCAUAUUUUCUUCUCACCUAUCUCCAAGAUCUCUGGUGAAGAUGCGAGCAAGCAGUACGCUCUUACUCAAAAGAUGACUGUUGAGGCAGGGUUUGAUUUCAUCGGAACAUUCACCAUUGGUAUGCGCGAGAUGCAUCAUAUCGUAUGCUUAGUAUUUGACCGUGAAAGUGAGGACGAUAAGCUACGAGCUCACAAGCUUAUUCGUGAGCUCAUUCAAGUUUGUGCCGAUAAUGGGUGGGGAGAGUAUAGAACUCACAUUGCCUUAAUGGACCAGAUUGCGGAAACAUAUGGUUGGAACGACAACGCGCAGAUGAAGUUGAACGAAAAGAUCAAGAAUGCUCUCGAUCCCAAGGGUAUUUUGGCACCAGGAAAGAAUGGUGUAUGGCCGGCAUCAUAUGAUCGAUCAGCUUGGAGAUUAGAUGCCAACUCCAACAGAACAAGACCUUGAUUAGAUUGAAGGAGCAGGCAGCCCAUAUAAGCUUUGUAUAUUUCACAAAAUUUUAAGAGCAAUAUAUAUUCCAUGAAACUAAUUCGCGUUCC